CCUAAAUUUACCAAACACAUUCAUAAAAUUCACUGGAACAAGAUGAAAAAACAGGACGCAGUGAAGUCGGUCCAACUAGCAAUAAAGUCGCCACUGCUGAACUCCGAGAGCAAGCUCAGCAAUGAUUCUAGUGUGGACGACCAGUGGAUCUACAUGUUAAGAAUGCGUCAGAUGGCGAUGGACAGGUCUCCUCAGCAUCCAGCUGGCUUACCUCGCUCCCAGUCCUCUAGCCUUAAUAAUCUGUCACAGAUUUUACCAUACCUUCAAAACCAGGAAUCAUACGCUGCUGCUGUCAGACGAGUGCUUGUGAAAUCCACGUUACAAGUUACUCCUAUCACUUACUCACGCAGUUCAUCACCAACCCAGUUUGGACUGACUUUAUCCUCCUUGUCUCUCCAUAGUUCUAAAGGCAGCAGUGCUUCUAGUACAGCUUCAGAUAGUCCCUCUGAGAGAGAGAGGACACGGAAUAGGGCAAAGAGAAACUAUUUUCAUCAAAAUUCUCAUAGCUCAUCCGCACAAAGAAGCGGAGGAAAGAGUUCUCAAGCAAGCAGUGGGAAAUAUUACAAGUCCUACACAGUAUCCCAAAAUCAACCAAGGACUUAUGAUUAUAAAACCUCACAGAAAUGGCCUAAGUCAGAGUCGACACAUACCGGGGAUGCCAGUGCCAACCACAGAAGAGGUUGAUGGAGAAGAAAGCAAGGUUAAUAAUGAUGGAGGGUGGAUAAAAGUAGAACAUUCCAAAAAAAAUCAUAAGCAACCUAUACCAAUCAAGUCAAAAAAAGAUAAACCC